AUGGCAGAGCUUAUAUGUCAUGACACUUUUACAUGGAUAUCAAGUGUAGUAAAAGGACCUCAGUUCUUCGAGGAUGCCGUGUAUGUGAAGGUAGGUUUGUAUUUAAUUAUUUGUUUAUUUAUAAAAUAUUUUAUAAGAUAUAAUUGAGAUUCCUCUAACUUUCAUGUAUGUCCUGGGCCCACUUACACUACAUCAUUACAAUAGAAUAUUCAAAAUACUAAAUAAUAUUAAUACACAAUACAUAUAUAAAUUUAAUACAGAACAGGUAAGAAAUUUAAUCAACCAUGAUUACAGGUGCAUUCUGUUUUGAGAUAUGUAGAGAUUUCUUAAAGGAUUUUAGGCUGGGGGAAGACUUGAAAGUGUCUGGAAGGUUAUUCCAUAAUAGCAGUGCUCUGUAGGAAAAAAGAGGAUCGCAACGUUUGCCACUGUAAUUAUAGCGACUUACUUCUUUCAUUCCUUUCACCUCCCCACCGCCUUUCCAGGUUAGAAGAGGUUAAGACAGUUUCUUGUGCCACCUCAAGGUAGUGUCAGCCCUGCAUACAAGUAAAAUGUGUAGGCCUUUUGGGUAGAAAUCCUGUUAGGAGGCAAGAGGAGAAAUAUUGUAGUUGUAGGAGUAUCUUAGAAACCCCCAAAAUUUGACUAUUCCAGAAAACCAACUGUUAGAGCAAAUUGAAAAGUUGUACUUCCGAGUAAAAACAAUAAUUCCUGGAUAUUACUAUCUAGACAUUGACGUCGGAUAGUAGAAUUUACACCUUUUUCUCAAUUAGUAGAAGCACCUAGUAUAAUGGUUAUUGAUAUGUAUCUGUUAAUGACUAAUAAUGUUGACUUUUGGGAUCCAUUGUGAAUCGUUUAUAAUAUAAUAUGCUAUCUGUUUUAAAUUUGUAAAAGAAAAUUCAAGAGGAAUUCAAUAAAAAAAGUUUAAAUGGAAAACACAGAGCUUUCCACAUUAACUAUUUAUUAUAUAAUGUAGUCUUAUCAAGUAAGAUGUUUGACAGACUUGAAGUGAGUGUCCUACAAAAGGGACUCACUUUAUCUUCAACAAGGAGCUUUAAUUGUGACAUAUUACGAAUAAUAAGUUGCAAUAAGUUGGUUAAACUCCAGUAUUGUCCAAGGAUUUUUCUGAAAUACAUUUCUUAUCAGUUGGUAAUUUGAUUAAAAAAACUAGAUUCUCAACAAACAAACAUUCUAGUGGAGGGGGGGGGGGAGGGGGGAAGAGAGGGGAAUAAUCUUCAUGACAGUUGUGUCCGCACAUAUUUUAAAAAUAAAUUUCUAUAUCUAGUCUCAAGGAGGAUUGGUGUGUGGGAAAAAAUAAUCCCGCCAAGCACUUUUUAGUUAGGUCUUAUUUUUAUCUUGUUGGACAAUAUAAGGGGACAAACUUUAAUGAGAUAUAGAACAAGAUCCCACUAAACUAGCAGCAAAGUCUGUAAAAACAUACAAUAUUGAUAAUAUGACUACAUGAAAAAUUGUCCUGUAAACAUCUGAAAAUUGAUUAAUGUAACAAUUCUGAAGGUUGGCACAGAAUGAGCUGCAAUGAUUUGUGACACUCAGAGCUAUUAACACAGCAUCUUACUUGAAGCUUCCAAGUAACCUAAUAAAUGUGAUCUACAAGUAAUAUUACUUCUAGAUAUGGCAGUAUAAUAUGGCUCAAAUAAAGAUUUGCGAUAGAAGUGGAUACCAAUUACUCCUAUUUUUCACAUGUUGCUAUUAAAGUGUCAUAAGAAAAGGUAACAAAUAGAACAGUUUCCACAACUCUAGUCUGCCCAAUCUCUUUUCAUAGCAGAACCAAAGCUUUACCUUUUUCCUGAAGGAGGCCGUACUGCAUCGAAUAUAGAAAAUCUAUUUUAUAUCCGUUCUUGUGUUUGCAAUAUAAUUGAGAUUCUGCUAAGAACGAUUAUGAAAUGUAAAAAUUAAAUGUAGAUUUUAAAGAGAUUUUUAUACGGUUUCUUGGACUAAAAUUACUUUUAAUUUACCACAUCAGAAUUAUAAUCUCUGUAAAUUAAAUAACAUUAGCACAAGAAACAGUAACCCCAAGAUUCAGUUUAUAAAACAAAAAUAAACUGCUGUUCAUUGGACAAUGAAAUCUGUUAAUAUGGGCAAUGCCGAAACAUAAUACAAUGGGUUGUGGGUAAUUAACCAGCUAACUCAGUUGAAAUGCAAAUACGUUUGGAAAAAAAUAAGUGCAUUAAAUUUCGUAUCACACCAAACCCUUUAGUCAAUGAAAUUGCAGAAAAUAAUUAUUGCAUAUUUGAGUAGCUACUAUUGUAUUUUAGUAUAUAUCUUCAUUAGUUAUUUGUCAUGUCUAAAGACAUUUGUCUUUUCAGUAAUCACUGUACCUAGCACUUUUAAUAUACAGUAUACUUAUAUACUUUAUUAAAACGUGUUUUCUGUUCACCACAAUAAAAGUUUAUUAAAUUGUCAGGAAUGUCUCAAACUCUUAAUUUUUCAUGAGGUUUCUAAUAAUAAUACAUUGUAUUCCUACAUAAAGUAGUCCAGUAAUAUAUCCACUUAAAUUAUUAAAAUUGAUCUGUUAUAAUUAUCUGUUUUUCUGUUACCUGGUCUCCAUACUUGUUCAUAUGCCAGAUAUAGUGUAUCCAUCCAUGCUUUUUUUUAGUUUCACUGACUAAAAAAGAAAAAUUGCCUGUAAUGGAAUAAAUGUUAGUGUUACUGGGUGAAUGCUCAUGGUCAUUCUUAGUAUAGUAGUACUAUAAGGCAGGUAUAGAAUUUGGUUAACUCUGUAUGUAGAUAAAAACUGUGGGAAUCAAACAAUCUUCAUAAUAAAAUGUAUCUUUAAUCACCUCUUAAAGUAUUAUUUCCAAACUAAUUGAAGGUUAUGCAGCAUGAAUGCACACCCUCCAUAAUAAUUUUGUGAGUUAUUUGGAGAAAUCAUACUCGCCCAUCCCACCCAACACCCCCAUCCUGAUAAUCUCUGGAAUAUACACACUAUAGGGUUCAUGCAAGUUACAUUAGGAGCUUCAAAAAUGAAUAAUUUGGGGUAAAAAGAAAUACCAAUAUGUGAAGAAGUAUUGGAUAGUUUUCAGUCAACAACACAAUAUAUGAGAUUUAUAGCAGGUUACAGCUGGUAGAAUAGUAUGGUUUAAUAUUUAGGCAGGUUAUAGAAUAAAAGGCUAUUUUAAAGCCAGUUGGUUGUCUUUACCACAUAGUUAAAAAAAAAAUUGUUAAAUAUAUAUUUAUAAAUAGGACACCAAUAAUUAAGAGCAAAAUAAAUUUAGUGGAAUAACUAAAAAAACCUGAAUAUUUUUGCUGCCUGCUUGGUGACUUUGGUUAGUAAGGAAAGGUUUGUUUAGUGAUUUACAUAAAAUAUUGCAGUUUUAAGGUCAAUCAAAAUUUGAGGUCAGGUUAAAUUUAGAUAGUGAAAAACUAUAGAUCAAUUUCUACUCUUAAAAUCUAACCUAUAAAUUAUCCAAAGAAAAAAAAUUUCAUAAAUACAGAAACACAAUAAUAUUGCAGUACUCCAGUUUAAUAAAGACUGCAUUUGUUAACCUCCACAGUCAGCAUUUUCAACUUUUGCAUAUAAAAAAGCUAUGUUGAUGAAUGAGGUCUCAAAGUUUCUAAGAAAAUUUGUCACAUAUUCAUCCGCUUAUAAAAAUGUGGUUAAUGACAUUUACUGUCCACACAGGAAAAGUUGUGCCGAGCAGCCACCAAAUCCACAGAAGGGUUAAUGCUGAGCAGCAAAUAUGCAAAUGGAAACCUGGUAACUGCCUUUGGGGUCAAAGGCCAGUUACAGCCUAUCAGAUCUAGAGGAGGGGUAUUUAGGCCCAGUUCUCAUCCUGUUCAGUGCUCUGUUGUGGUGGUCUGAGAGUGUGUGCCUGAUUCUAGUUUCUUCUGGUGUUUGACUUUGAUUUCCCUGUAUCCCUGACUUCUGGCUGUCUCUUUCUGUAUCCCUGACCUCGGCAAGUAUCCCGACUAUUCUUUGGCACGUUAAGUCCGGCCAUUCUAAGGCCCGAUAAUAUGUUACCUAUUAGUCAUCUGUGUGACACAAUUCUACAUGCUGGAUCAACUAGUAAUCCUGACACUUAAGCUUCCUAAACAUAAUAAUGAUAAAUAAAUAACUUUACAUUGCUUAAAAUUUUACCAUACCUAGACUGUAUAAUUUAAGUUUCCCUCCAAGGUUUAUGCUUUGUUUACAUUACACAUUUCUUUAAAAUUUUUGCUUAAAAAGGUAAUUAUAAUGCUAAUAGAACAGAUACUGCAGUGUCUAUUUCUAAUUAACAUAUUACUUAUAAUCACUUUCCUCCACCCACUGCUUGAACACUGACCAAUAGAAAUCUUCACACCUAUUAACAUGACCAUGGCUAUUGGUGUGAUACUCAAUUUUCAUUUAAUUCAGGGGGGGUUUAUGGUUAAGUCAGGGCAGUUUUCCUAUAAAAGACCAUUAGCAGGCUUACAGCCUUCAGUAUUUGUAUUCUUGUUAGUUUAGCAGGAACCUCUUGAAGACCAUGGACUCUAGGAGACAAUUUCCACGUGUCGAACUUGUGAAAAAGAUCACGUUUGCCAUAUUCCAAAGUGAUAUCUCAACCCAAAGUUGAUAGUAAUAUUGUAAAGGUAAGAUCUACACUUCCUUAUAACCUGAUACAGUAUGUUUGAAUGGAGUGUGGUUAAUUUUUUUUUAUACAUUAUGGUGAUAUGUAGAUAAGUUGCAAAGAGUAGGCUAAACUGUAGAGAUAGACAUGGUCUACAGCUCAUCUAGUUUCCAUUGUGUCUUUUUUUUUUUUUUAAUGAAACCAAAACUUUCUAUUUCAGUAUUCGGUUAAACAAUUAGAUGUUCAGGGAAAAACAUGUACAUGAUUAUUAUUCCUGUUGGAUAAUUAACAUUUGAUUCUCUGUGUAUGUUGGACUAAAUGUCACGUAAGUCUCAGUCAACCUAUAGCGUGAUUGAAAGUUGUAUUACACAGUAGGUGGAGAGAUAAAUGUUUUAAUGUGUAGCUUGGUUUGUAAAACUGGUUCUGUUCUUUAAUUCAUAGCAUCUAAUUCAUUUGGGGUUAGUCAGGACACUCUAGAAUAUUAACAGGUGAUUUCCAAACCUUAGCUCAAUAUUUGAUUUGGUUAAAAGAAUAAUUCAAUCUAUUAAAUACUAUUUGUUGAAUUAUACAUUAAAUAUACAAUUUGCAUUUACGUGUUAUCUAUAUAAAGUGCUACCUACUUUUACAUUUAAUGUCUAGAGUACAUUAUACAGUCUCUCCAAUUGUGUUAAUAUUCCUCAGGUUUAUUAACACACCCUAUAAAUGCAUUUUGCUGUCUUUUUACCACUUUCUGGAGGAAGAUCUCUCCAUGGAUCCACACUGAAGAACUGGUCUUGUCCUCUUCCAUAAACUACUAGAUACACACUGUACCAUGCUUUCAUUAUUUCUUUUGUGUUUGCGAAGUUCAACUACUCUUUGGCAGGAGAAAAGGAGUGGGAGAGAAUUGUUCUACAUGGAAUGGGCUGAUUUGUCUUGUAGUUUAGGUUUCCUCACUUCAUAGUGUUAGAUUGCAAUGUCUUAAAAGAUUACAAAAUCUGUAUUCUGAUUAAUUUUGGUAAAUGUACAGAGGAUGCUAACAUGGGAUAUUAGCAUUCACUGACAGUUUGUUAACCCCUUCAGGACAGAGUCAAUAGUGCACGUUCUGAUCAAAACGUAAACAAAAACUGGAAUUUGCGCUAUAUGUCUGUUCAGCCGUAAUUCACCGUUGUCACAUUAAGUGCACCCACACAUAUAUAUAAUUUUGUUCAGGAGAAACAGGGCUUUCAUUUAUCAUUAACUAUUCAUAUAUGGAACAUAAUUUAUUAUGAAUAAAAUUUAAAAAAAAAUUGUUUUUUUAAAUUUGUAUUUCUGUCUGACAUUUUAGCUGUGAAUGUCAUAAUACUGUUAGGUUUUGCUGCAAAAAUAAUGCACAUAUUUGUAAUCAGCGAUGUCUCAUGAGUACAACAGUACCCCCCUACUAAGAGGUUUUAUGGUGUUUUGGAAAGUUACAGGGUCAAAUAUAUAACAUUCCAUUUUCAAAUUGAAAUUUGCCAGAUUAGUAAUGUUACCUUUUGAGACGGUGUGGUAGCCCAGGAAUGAGAAUUACCUCCAUAAUGGCAUACCACUUGAAAGAAAAAAAGACAACCCAAGGUAUUGAAAGUGGGGUAUGUUUAGUCUUUUUUUUCUAGUAGCCACAAACACAGGACAAAGUUAGCAUUCAUAUUAGUUUUUUGCUUUUUUCCACACACAAACAAAUAUUUGGCCAGUGUUUGUGACUAAGUGGCUACUAAGAGACUGCACAUACCCCACUUGCAAUACCUUGGGUUGUCUAAUUUUGCAAAUGGAAUGCCAUCCUGGGUGUAAUUCUUAUUCCUGGGCUAUCAUACGCUCUCAAAGGCAACAUAACCAAUCUGGCAAAUUACAAUGUCAAAUUAAAUGCAAGCCUUAUAUGUGACUAACUUUCCAAAACACCACUGUACAUGGGGGAGGUACUGUUAUUCUCGGGAGACUUCACUAAACACAAAUAGUUUUAAAACAGUAAAACCUAUUACAACAAUAAAGUCUAUAAAAGUGUUGUUCGUUUGUAAAAAAUGCAAAAAACUUUUACUUAAAAUAUCGUUGUAAUACAAUUUACCAGUUUGAAACACUAAUAUUUGAGUUGAGUGAAGUCUCCCGAGUAAAAAAGUACCCCCUAUGUACAGGUUUUUUGGUGUCUUGGAGUUACAGGGUCAAAUAGUGCUUGUGAAUUAAAUUUUCUGCACUUUCUCCCUGUGUCAGGCAUGUUAAUCAAAUUUUAAUCAAAUCACAUAAUUAUGUUAAAAGAUUACUUAAAUAUACACGUAGAAAUUUAAUAUAUGCAUUUAUAGGUAUUUAAAUUCUACGUGUAUACUAAUGUAAUAUGUGUAUAUAUAUAUGCGCUUAUUUGUAUUUUUUAUAUGUCAUUCUAAGUGUAUUUUGUUAUAUCUAAACAAGUUAGAAUGAAAUUACAUGAAUAUACAAUUUAUAUUUGUUUCAAUAUUUUAUUUUUAUUGUAAUUAUAAAGAAUAUACACACACGUCAUUCUAAGUGUAUUUUAAUACUAAUAUGUACUUAUUAAAAUACACUAUGUGUGUGUGUGUAUAUAUACGCAUACACACACUAUACGUUUAUAAAUAUAUCUAUUUUAAACAUGUUUAAAUUUUUUUUUAUUUUUACACUUUCCACCAGCAGGGGGACUGACAUUUCAGACAGUCCCCCUGCUGGCAGAUCCACAGCCAGCUAUAGGGGGCCAGGUGAUCACUCUUUGAGAGCAAUCACAUGGCCCCCGGGGGCCUCAUUUGCCGUGGGAGGGCUGUCAGGCAGUCCUCCCAAAGCGGAGCGCCGGGAAGGUAAGUAUCCCAGGCGCUCUGGGGGCUGCAGCCAUGACUGCGUGAAGGGGUUAAACGUGUUAUAGCAAAACAUUGGUUAAAUAUUAGUAAUGAAGAUUUAUCUUUACUUAGAAUAGAUUAUAAAAAAGCAGUUUUUAAAACUAAUGUUUUGCACCCUCAGGUCUACGCUUCAGAUCUGAGUAAAGAACCUGCCUUCCAGCUCAUUGCAAUGGAAAAUAAAUCCAAAAACCAAGAGAUCCAGAUGAUUCCAGAGCAGUACCAGGUUCUUGAAAAGCUUGGAGAAGGUUUACUGGCUCAUGACAAGCUAGCAGGUACAUAGACUUUGUUGGCACACGUGUGUGUGUGUGUGUGUUCAUCUAAUAACAUACAAUAUCUAGAAUAGUUACUGGCUAUAACAACCUGUACUUUAAGCAGAAAUCACACUUUUUGCACAAACUGAUUAAUAAAAAAAAAAAAAAAACACACAACUUUUAGUUGGCUAUCUUUAUUUACAUUGUAAAUCUUGCUGCACUGGCACAGCCAAAACAAUAGGCAGAUGAAAUUAAUUUCCAAGUGUCGGGAGGGGGAACACACUCUGCUGGCUUAUAAUUGAAUAAAUAGGGAAUAAGGCAAAAAGGAAAAACUGCAACCUGUUAAAAUAUGCUUAGAUCCCAGGAAGCUAGAAGAAGGGUAACCUGCUCAUGGCUACAAAGUCUCCCAUAAUAUCCAAAACUAAACUACUUUAUUGAUUUACAACAUAAAAAGGGGUAUAUCAGGAGACAGUGCCAGGGCAGGACCCUAAAAUACUAGCAAGUAUCAACCCAGCUAUUUAAAGCAUAAGGUGAAUCCACAUCAAUGCAAAAAGAACAGUCAGUAGGGGCUAAAGAUAUGCCUCCAAAACACAGACUGAAUGGCUCUUGGGUAUUUCACCUAAGCAGUGCGCUGAGCUAAUACCAGGAACAAGGUGUCUGGGAGAUACAGAGUAGUCAGGAAAUUACAUUAAUAUAGCAUGGUCUCUAAAUGCAGAUUAGGUAAAGGCUAGUAGAACAGUAAAUGAGCAUGAGCGGAUCACUAGCUUCUCUGUCAUAAGUCUGGCAACGUCCAUGCUAAUAUAGUAUUCCCUAAUGCCCCUAAAAAAACCUUAAUUAAAAAAAAACCAGCCCAACGCGCGUUUCGGUGUGGUGUCAGACACAUCUUCAACACCAAAAUGCGCGACGGGCUGUUUUUUUCUAUUUCCACUUUAUUGCACUUAUGGAGGCACUUUUUGUUUAGCACUUUGACUUUGUCUAGCUUAGAUCCGUAUUAGGACCAAGGAGGGUCUCCGGGGAGGGGGAUAUUAUGGGAGACUUUGUAGCCAUGAGCAGGUUACCCUUCUAGCUUCCUGGGAUCUAAGCAUAUUUUAAUAGGUUGCAAUUUUUUUUUUGCAUUAUUCCCUAUUUAUUCAAUUAUAAGCCAGCAGAGUGUGUUCCCCCUCUCCUUCCUUGGGCUGUGGGGGAAUAUUCUUUGAUUCCACUUUUAUAUUAUAUGUGUAAAUCACUGCUUACAACACAAAAUUUGAGGAAUACUUUUGUUAGAGUUAUCAGCUGAUUUAUUAAUGUUUUUGGGAAUAUUUGUAAAAGGUUUGUCUCUACUGGAUAUUAUACUGAAAUAGUUUUUUUCUAAUAUUCUAGGUUGGGUUACCAGAAUACAUUGUGAAGCGUUGUGCUGCUCAAAUCUCCAAAGCAUUGUUUUUCAUCCAUAAUCAAGGGUUAGUGCGUAGAGAUCUGAAACCAGACAACACCUUGCUUAUGGGUAAAGAAUGCCACAUCAAGACUGGAGAUUUUGGUUUAACGGAACGCUUUGGUAGAUUCAUCCCAUCGAUGUCUCAUAUAAUACAAGAUAUGGCACCUGAGCGUUCUAUUCUGGAACCUAACCAGUAG